UAACCAUCGGCCUAAAGAGAAAUCAUCUUGUUGAAAGGGCAAAACCGCAAAACAGAUCUCUGUCUGGACCGCCAAAAGAACGAUUAGCGCAACAAAUACGAGCUCGCGUAAGCUGACAUCCAGAAAGUUGCACGGUUUGGACACUGACGCAUAGUGUUCUUUGAAUCACCAACACUUGAUUCCUCAUACCUCAUACCACAAGCUCAAGGGUUUUCUCGGUGUAGCCAUCCACACCGAAGCAACAAUGCCUCGGUACUACUGUGACUACUGCGAUACUUAUUUGACCCACGAUUCCCCAUCUGUUAGAAAGCAGCAUAAUUCUGGUUACAAACAUAAGGCUAAUGUAAGGUCCUACUAUCAGCAAUUUGAAGAGCAACAAACUCAAAGUUUAAUUGAUCAACGAAUCAAAGAACAUCUUGGGCAAGCUGCGGCUUUUCAGCAGGUUGGCGUGGCUUAUAAUCAUCUAAUGGUUCAGAGGCCAAACCUUCCUCCUGUAUUGCCACCCCCAAGAUUUCCCAUUCCUGGAGGUCAACCACUAAUGUCAGGGUUCAGACCUCUCAUGCCUAGACCUAUGCCUGUUCCUGGGGCACCAGGGUAUGGUUCUGCGCCUACCAUGCCACAAAUGAUGCCUCCACCUGGUGCUCCCCAGAUGCCGGGUCAGUUAAAUUCCCUACCGCGACCCCCUUCAUUAGCUCCCCCACCAACAGCUCCUGGAAGCACCGCACCGCCACCUUCCAACGGUGCUCCCCCUAUGGCAUCAUCAGCAAUGUAUCAAGCCAAUGCACCGGCACCAUCAUCUGGAGGUUAUGAUAAUUACAAUUCCAAUUCCAAUGCUCAAGCACCUGAGGGCAAUCACUGAGCUGGUCAAACUUGUAUGUUAUUUUAUAUUGAAUUUUGCACUAAUGUAAGAAGUGUAGUCUUUGCAGGGACCCAAAGCCUUUAUCAAAUCCUACUAAUCAACAUUCUCUUCUACUUUUAUUUAUUUUUGUGCUAUGCAGUUCUCUUUUACUUAAAUUUAUCUCUUGGAGUUUAUGAGUUAUGACUAGAACUAUCUGUGUUCUUCCUACCAUCUGUUGAUUGAAUGAGGAUUCUUCUCACAAACCACAUUUGGCCAUAUUUGGAGCAAUUAUGUAUUUAAAUUAUUGGUAUACAUGUCAAGCCAUGAAUGUGGGGAAAAAAUCUCGUACAUAUGAUUUGUUCAUAA